AUGAGUCUACGACAGAAAGUUCGCAGAGUAUUCCACCGCAGUGGGAGCGGCUCGAAAGUCAAGGGCAAUGGCAUUAAGAUCGAGUAUUAUAAGCGUCAUGAGAUCCCCCGGUCCAAGUUCAAGGGUCCGUUUGAUCGGGAACACCAGAAAAGAUUGGCUGCAUGGUCGUUCAAGGAAGCCCAGGCCGAUCGUCCCCGUCAAUUCGACCUCUCUCUCUCUCCUUGCGCCACAUUGCCCGACUAUCUGAAAUCUAGUUAUGAGGAGGACGACGAGGAUGUGGCCCCUGAUCAAAUUCGAACUACGGCACCAGAAAUAACUCUCGCCGACGAAGCCUCCAUCGAAUAUCAUAGAGAGACCGGCUCAGGAUCUUCCUCAUCUACCGCUGUUGACCCUGAAAGCUACAGCUCUUCAUUGAAGACGCUUCUUCCCGAUGUCCUACAACAGGAUUCAAUCGCUCAAAUCAAGAGUCGGUGCGUUACACGUCGCCCGUUAUACGAACCAUCUCGCCGCCGCCCUUGA